AUGGGCACAUCUUAAAAAUUCAUUCAUGGGAUGAGAAUUCCCAAUUAUUAGUUUUCUCAAACCGCAUAAGCAAAUGAUUAUAGAGCAAUUUUAAAUUAACUUAACCAAUUGCAUUAAGGAAAAUAAUUAGAUAAAAAAUUUUAAUUUAACAACUAAAGCCUUAUUUGCCUUAAUUCGAAAACUUACAAAUAAGAUAAUUAGUAUCUAUAAGCUUUUCUUAAUAAAUUGAUGAUGAAAAUUAUGCUUAAAAAAUAUUUGAUAGAACCACCUAAUUAUAUUUAGAAUAGUAACAUUAAUAACAUAAUGAACUAGAUAAACUUCCUUGGUAGAAACCCUCGACGAAAUUACACAAAAUAAUUUUAUCAAUAAUAUUUCAAUUUUGUAGCAGCUGUGUCAUAAGCUCCUGACUUAAAUGCAUCAGAAAUUGGGUUGGCGAUGUUCAUCUAUGGACAAGUUUCGUAGUACACAAAAUCCAAGAAUAAAGAGGUUGAGCAAUCCUUACUUUUGAAUUUCCGACAAUAAAUAGACCAUUUUAAGUCAAACGAUCUUAAGCACUUCUCUUUUGGUUUGAUAUUGGCUAGAAUUUAAAGGAAAGAUAUCUUUGAUAUGUUGGAGAAACAGAGUUUAGUGACGGAGAUGGAAUUUUAAGAUUUGAUUAGAGUUGGCACAGGAAUAGCAUUAUUCGGUAAAGGAUCCCCUGAGUUUUGGAAAUUAUUGGAAGAGCAAGCUAUAAUGAAUAUCCCAACAACAGAGCCAUAAAAUAUAACAACCUUAUUUAUGUUAUAUAAACAAUUUGGACAUGGAACACAAGAGAUUAAUAAGCUUUUUGAAUAACAAUUUAUUUAGAGGUAUGAUUAAUUUAGCAACCUUUUGAAAUUGCAGAUGUUUUCAAGCUUUGCUAAAAUCAGAUACCCUUCAUCUGCCCUUUUUAAACUCUUUUUCAGAGAUAUUGUUGGAAUAAUCUAGAGUGUCAACGUUACAGCAGUUUAAAUGUUGAUUUUAGAUUGCUAAAAAAUUUUUCAUUAGUUCCCUAAGCAAAUCCAACAAUUCUUUAUUGACUUCAUCUUAAAGCAUUAUUAGAAGUUUAACCCAGCUAUAAAGUCGAAACUAUAUGAUUCAUUUUAGGAACAAUAAUUAUUGACUGAGGAAUUAGAAGUUGCUUUAUUAAAAAAAUAAUGA